CUUCCCAUUUCUUGGUGUGACGUACGUUGCGUUUCCGGGUUAGAGUUCACGAAACAAUAAUGGCGGUCGCAUGCUCGGUGUAAGCGUGUUGUAGUAGUUUGAACACACAAACGCUUAAAAGCCUGCAGUAUGAAGGAGACACCUUUGUCUAAUUGUGAACGGGAUUUCUUGCUCAAAGCCAUCGAAGAAAAAAAGCGCCUCGAUGGACGGCAGACAUAUGACUACAGAAAAACAAAGAUUGUGUUUGGGACAGACUUUGGAUGCUGCUUCGUGGAACUGGGGAAAACGAGAGUCAUGGCCCAGGUGUCCUGUGAGCUGGUGGCCCCCAAGGAGAACCGGCCAAAUGAGGGGUUCAUGCUUUUUAAUAUAGAGCUGUCACCAAUGGCAUCACCAGCAUUUGAACAGGGCAGGCAAUCAGAGCUGUUAGUGAAGCUAAACCGACAGCUGGAGAGAUGCUUACGGAACUCCAAGUGCAUUGAUAUUGAAUCUUUGUGUGUGGUGUCAGGAGAAAAGGUGUGGCAAAUUCGAGUAGAUGUUCACAUGCUGAAUCAUGAUGGGAACCUAAUGGACACUGCCAGCAUCGCUGCUAUUGCCGCUUUGUGCCACUUCAAAAGACCCGAUGUUGGCAUUCAGGGAGAUGAAGUCACUGUGUACAGUCCAGAAGAAAGGGAUUUCAUUCCUCUUAGUAUCUACCACUUGCCCAUCAGUGUCAGCUUCGCCUUCUUUCAAAAAGGGACUUAUCUGCUUGUAGAUCCAUGCGAACGAGAGGAGCGCGUGAUGGAUGGCUUGCUGAUGAUUGCCAUGAACAAACACAGAGAAAUCUGCUCAAUUCAAUCCAGCGGAGGCAUCAUGUUGCUAAAAGAGCAGGUAAUGAGAUGCAGCAAAAUAGCCAGCGUCAAAGUGUCAGAAAUCACAGAGCUCAUCAGUAAAGCCCUGGAGAACGACAAAACCGCUCGGAAAGCAGGCAGGUGUGGUUUCGCAGAGUCGAUGCCUCAACAGCGCAUCACCGCCUUGAAAAAAGACGAGACUGCAGUAGAAAUGACGGACGUGUCGGAAAAAGCCACUGACAUCAUCCAGAAGGCCGAGGCUCCUCCUUCCACCAUUCAGCAGCUGGCGACGCCUGUGCCAGGUGUGGGUCUGGUGGGACAUGGGGUGCAGAACAGCUGGGGGAUUGACGAAGAUGAACAGGAUGAGAAAGAAGUCAGCAGCAGCGACGAAGUAAAGAUGGAAAUGGAACAGAAACAAGUGGAGCAAGGAGAUGUGGUCGAAUUAUCGGACAGUGAGGAGGAGGACGUGGUUAUACUUCAUCCAGAAACAGCAGACCGAAACUAUAAGAAUACAAGUUCAAGUUCCCACCAGAAGGGGUCAGCAGGGUCAAAGAAAAAGCUCAGAAAAUGAAACUAUUCCCAGCAAUAUGUACAGUAUAGAAACCACAAGCACUCAGAAAGCAAAGCAAAAUCUGAAAAAAGCUACAGUAUCUGAACUUGAAAGCAGAAAUGAAAGUGGAUUUGGACAAAACAACACUUUGAAGCAGUGAAGAUCCUACAUAAGGAUUUUGCCACUGUGGCCACUUUAAGUUAAAGUACCAAUGAUUGUCACACACACUAGGUGUGGUGAAAUUUGUCCUCUGCAUUUGACCCAUCCCCUAUUUCACCCCCUGGGAGGUGAGGGGAGCAGUGGGCAGCAGCGGUGGCCACACCCGGGAAUCAUUUUUGGUGAUUUAACCCCCAAUUCCAACCCUUGAUGCGGAGUGCCAAGCAGCCAUAUAUUGCUAUCUCAAAUACAAACGUCAAUGACUUUUUCCAUGUUGCAUUAGCUUGGUCACACAUGACAUGACUGCAUAUGGAGCAACUGGAGAAUUUUGCUGGUCUGUGGGUGGACUAAGCAUCAAAUCUUCGAAUUGAACAUCUACAGGAUACAAAGCAUAUUUAUUGAAUUUGACUUCAAAUGUCUAGACCUCUCAUAUUGCCUAUCUGGUAAUAAUUAAUUUGAAUUGUCUCUUAUAAUGCUUUUGAAUUGACUUAUGAUGGUGAUUUUGAGCUGUUUCCCAACCUUUAUUCAACCUAAAGGAUAUUUUACAUCAAAAAUGGUGUAAUGAUUUCUUAUCUUGUGGCAACACGGGUUGAUUUCCAUCUACUGGAAUAUUAUUUGUUACUGCCUCAUUAACCUGUACAUCGCUGACAUGACAAAUAAAGGUAGUUUUUACACAAAGGGAGUAAGUCUCUGGAUAAAAGACUGAGGCCAAAAUAUAAAUGGAAGUCAAUAGUAGUUGCUUUUGUUUAGUGCACUAGACCGUUUAUUUUAUUUUUAAAAUGUAUGUAGCAAUACCACACAUUUAAUACAUCUGAUUUACAACAGCUGAGCUGAGCCAGAAGGCAAAGCUCUCGGUCUACCGAGCUAUCUACAUUCCUACUCUCACCUAUGGUCAUGAAGUGUGGGUCAUGACCGAAAGAAUAAGAUCGCGGAUACAAGCGGCCAAAAUGAGUUUUCUCAGAAGGGUGGCUGGCAUCUCCCUUAGAGAUAGGGUGAGAAGUUCAGUCACCCGAGAGAGACUCGGAGUAGAGCCGCUGCUCUUUCGCUUGGAAAGGAGCCAGCUUAGGUGGUUCGGGCAUCUCGUGCGGA